AAAACAACAAGGCAACAUGUUACCGCAGGAAAAGUCGGAUGAAAAAGACGGGGAGAACGGAGGCAAUAUUGUAUCGAAAGUGUCGAAUUUCUUAGAUAGGCAUCUGUUUGUUCUCAGGAAUAUCAGCAUUGGAAUUGCCCUCACUGGAAUUGUUGUGAUUGCAAGAAGUAUAAGACUAACAACAAAAUUCUACAGUACUCUUGAUAUACCGAAAUCUUUUAUACAACAAAAUGUGAAACUUCGAGGAAAAGUUCACCAUGUAACUGAUCAAGGACUAGCAGUGGAACAUCUUCCAAUUACCAUACCAUUUAUUUCAUCUAUUCUUAGGAAACGACAACAAGAUGCACUUUUGACUGUUAAAUUAGCCGGUGUAGAACUUACAGAAGAUGGAAAAGCUUGGUUAAAACAAAACUUGGCACCAGCACAAGUUGUGUGGUUUAGGCUUCUUGGGAAAGAAAAUUCAGCAGUUGACUGUCUAGUUUUGGCAAAUUUGGGAGGCAUUUUCAAUGUGUGCAUUAAUGAAGAACUACUAAGGCAAGGACUUGGUAGGACAGUACCUGUACAAGGUCUUCAUUUUCAGUCCAGACUCUUUUGGAAAAUACACAAAAAAUUACUUAAAGCUGAAUUACGAGCACAGAAGAGUGAAGUUGGUCUUUGGAAAAAAGUGAAUUUAAGAGAACAGAUAUUUACAAGAUUAAAUGGCUAUGCAAUAGUAAAAUUACUGAAAAAAACUUUAAAAUGGAAUCUUGAAGACAAAACAAAAAGGAACACAUGAUUGUUCUGUAACAAUAUACUUUAUUGAAAGCUAUCCUUUUUUUGUAAAUUUUUUAUAUACAGUAUUAUAACAUUUUUUGUCUGCUGUAGUCUGCAUGUAUUUAAAAAUAAGGUGAUGUUAAUAUUUUUCUGGACUUAGUUUGUUACAAUGUUGUGCCAAUAGCCUUUGAAGACCUAUGAUUCAUUAACUGUUUUUUUGCCCUGGAUGUCACAAUGAUAUACUGUGAAAUUCUAAUUGUUCCUGCUGAGUUCAGUAAGGGACACUGGUGUUUCUGUGGUAACAGCCAAUCAAAAAACUCUAGCAGAUCAAAAGACGAAACCUGAGACAUUGUCAAAUGCUGUACGAUCGGAAAGGAGAGGGUGACAACAAAAUUCUGUGAUGCUUAACUUCAUACACAAUAGAAUUACGGGAUGAACAGUGAGGCUAUCAAAACAAAACUUUACUGGAAAAAUUACUUUUUUUUAAUAUUGUGAAGAAGCAUCUUUUCCUCCUGUUAAGUAUUUAUAAAGAACACGUGG